CCUCCUGUGUGAGACGGCAGUCAGACAGGCAGACGGUAAUGUUUUCCUUCAUUACAAAGCAGCUAGAGGACAGAGAACUGGAGUAACAUUUGAUGUCUUUAUACAGAAGGCUACCGCAGAACUUCUAGAAAAGAUUCCCUCAGAGAUUAAAUGGCGUCACGGUCAGAGGAGGAUCUCUGCUGUCCGAUCUGUACGGACGUCUUCAAAGAUCCUGUGGUUUUGACGUGCAGCCACAGCCUCUGUAGACACUGUCUGCUGAGGUGGUGGAGACGGAAACCAAUAAGAGAAUGUCCAGUUUGUAAGACGGUAUGUUCAAAGAAAAAUCCUCCUGUCAGUCUGGUGUUGAAGAACCUGUGUGAAGCCUUCUUACUGGAGAGAGACCAGGGGACUUCAGAGGCUCUCUGCAGCCUGCACAACGAGAAGCUCAAACUCUACUGUCUGGACCAUCAGGAGCCGGUGUGUCUCAAAUGUAGAGAUUCAGAAACACACAACAGCCACAGAUUCAGACCCGUUGAUGAAGCUGCACAAGAACCAAGGGAGAAACUUCAGGAAACUCUGCAGCCCUUAAAAGAGAAGUUAAAGGAUUUUGAAAAAGCUAAAAUAAAAUGUGAACUAACAUCAGUAGAUAUUAAAAUCCAAGCCCGACACUAUGAGACGCAGAUUAAGGAGCAAUUUAAGAAGCUUCGUCAGUUUCUAGAAGGGGAAGAGGAGGCCAGGCUGUCUGCGCUGAGGGAGGAGGAGGAGCAGAAGGGUCAGAAGAUGAAGGAGGAGGUGGAGGCUCUGAGCAGAGAGAUGUCAGCUCUUUCAGACACAAUCAGAGCCACAGAGGACGAGCUCAGAGCUGCAGAUCUCUCUUUUUUAAAAAACUACAAGGCUGCUGUGGAAAGAGUCCAGCAGCGCCGCCUGCAGGCGGGGCCACAGCUGCCUAAAGGAGCGCUCAUAGACGCGGCCAAACAUCUGGGCAACCUGAGCUUCAACAUCUGGAUUAAGAUGAAGGACGUGGUCUCCUACUCACCUGUGAUUCUGGAUCCAAACACGGCUGGUAUUAAAUUGAUCCUGUCUGAAGAUCUGACCAGUGUGAGAGGAGCAGUGAGUCAGCAGGUCCCUGAUAAUCCAGAGAGGUUCAAGUCCUCCAUCUGCAUCCUGGGCGCCGAGGGUUUCACGUCAGGGACUCACAGCUGGGACGUAUACGUUGGAGGCAAUAAGUUCUGGUUACUGGGUAUGUUUGAAGAGUCGGAUCAGAUAAGGAGAAGCGUGCAGUUGGAUCUUUUAGGGGUAAUGUUCAAAGACGAUGCAUACAAAGCAUGCUCAUCAGCUUCCACCACUCCUUUCACGGUCCAGAAUCCAGUCCAGAGGGUCAGAGUGAAUAUGGACUGGAGCGCAGGACAGCUGUCGUUCUCUGAUCCUGAUACUAACAAACACAUACACACCAUCACACACACUUUCACUCGUAAGGUGUUUCCUUUCUUUUGUACUGCUGGUGGGCUGAGGAUAUUACCUCUGAAGAUCAGUGUGACACAACAGAUCUGAUAGAUCCUAAAGGUUAAAUCAUUUGAAGAAGUGUUUGUACCACGUUGAGCCAAAGGGAUUCUUAGGGGUGUGAGAGUUAACAUUUGUGCAGGAAGAGAUUGUAUUUAACUGCCUAGGCCAACCAUAACCCCUUAGACAGCCUGCAGUAUAGAUGUCCCGCCCCUUCAGCUAAUCAAAACACACAUUAAACAUUUAGUCCUAGACACCAAAAAAAAAAAAAAAAAAAAUGCAGAAUCCUUUUUUGACAACAUUACCAGGUAACCCACUCAGUGCAUAAAAACAGUAUAAAUACUUAAAACUGUCAUGGCUAGAAAAGUGUUUCUCUGUCAUGAAAAUGACCUUACUGAACUGUUCACUAUUCAAAGACAAAGAUGACAUCGCUGUGAAAACGCAGGUCAAAUGUCACACCUUGGAUAGGAUUUGUUUGUAUUUUUGUUAUAAAGUGGAGAUGUGGUGAAUUUAAAAAAAAAAGUAAGUCACUGUCACAGCAAGGAGAUCGUCGGCUGACGGUCGGUGAACUGUUGUCGCCCUAGUUUUUGUGGUGCGUCCGGCUCCGUCGCUACCCGUCGGCCUUUUUUUUGACCGAUUCGACAUGUUUAAUCGUUGGCGGUGAGAGGAAUCUCUCUGAUUGUUCUGUUCAGAGGCCGCCACCCUAAUAUAAUGUUAGGGGAAACACUGCGCUGUAGUAUCCAUGAUUUCACCUUUAAGUGCGGCUUCUCCUUGUUUGUCGCCUCCCCUUCUUCUUUUCUUUUUCCACUAAAAGACAAAGGGCUGACAACGCCAGCGCCAUUUUCAACUUUUCAUCAGACGUUAUUCUCGAUUAGUAGGCUUCAUGUAAUACGAGUGGUGCGCGACAGCGGUGUGAAAAUGGACUACCGCCGCCUGCUGGGCGGUACAAGGUGGUUGGCCGUCAGCUGUAGUCUUUGCCGUGUGUUCUAGUGCAACUUUUGGGCCGUGACGUGAUGCGGCGCCGCAGGCGGCCUUCGUCGCCACUAGUUCUUUGCCGUCUGCUUGGUGUGUCAGGGCCUUUUAGAAAGGAGGAGGAGUCUUGUAACCAAUGCUUUUAGGUUGCAUGAUGGGAAAAGUAGGAGAAAUUGAAGGUACUGAAAAUCACCAUAUCAACCUUUGUUUCUUUUUCUGAGUUCCCUAACUCUAUGAAAGUUAACUUAUCUAUAAUGCUUACCUCUACAAAUGUUCACUAAGCUCCCACAUACUCAACUUCUGCUGAUUUCUCAUAUUCUAUUUAUUUAAGGGUGGUCAAAAGUCUCCACACAUUCUCCCUAUUAAGUGUUUGUGUUGUUUCCCUGUGUUUCUUAUCAGUGCAUUGUUUAUUAAGGAUGGAAUAUAAAUAUUCUGUGUGUCUUUUAUUUCUCAUCCUACACAUAUUGAAUGUAUUAUCUUUGCAUCCUCCACAGUCUGGGACACUCUUAAGGGAGAUGUGGUGUCAGGGAUGCAUUGGGAUCACUGACUGGAUCCGACCGUACAUACAUUUUAUCAAACACUCUGUGCAUUCUUAACCACUGAAAGGUCUACAACUGCAAGCUUGUAUCUAAAGUUAAUAAAACUGUGUUCAGAUUUAA